GCAUCUGAGUUGAAAUGAAAACGGGUGCAGUCCAAAGUUUUCUUUCCAAAUAGAUCUGUGUACUUCUGCAUUACAACUGAUAACACACAAUUUUCCGUGUUACUCAAACAAAAUUGUUCAAAGUUCCCAUCUGACCGUGCGAUUGAUUAGAACAGCCACACAGUGCGGUAUCGAUCGUUUAGACUCCUCCACAGUUCUGUAGUAGAGUUCUCAAUGGAAUCCGCAUGGCAGAGACUGGAAUCCAUGCACAAGUGGAUUGUAGAGAAUGGGGACAAGCGGACUGACCCAUGGCUACUAGUCUACUCUCCUGUACCGAUCAUCUGUAUAUUUUUAUGUUAUCUGGGUGUUAUUUGGAUCGGACCCAAGCUUAUGAAAAACAUGGAACCAGUGAACCUAAAAGGACUGCUUAUUGUGUACAACUUUUCCAUGGUUGGUUUGUCUGUAUACAUGUUCCAUGAGUUCCUUGUCACAUCUUGGCUGGCAAACUACAGCUACCUAUGUCAGCCUGUAGACUACAGCACCAGUCCAUUGGGAAUGAGGAUGGCCAAUGUGUGCUGGUGGUUUUUCUUCUCUAAAGUAAUUGAGCUUAGUGAUACAGUCUUUUUCAUCCUAAGAAAAAAGAAUAGCCAGCUCACAUUUCUUCAUGUGUAUCAUCAUGGAACAAUGAUCUUCAAUUGGUGGGCAGGAGUUAAAUAUGUGGCAGGAGGGCAAUCAUUUUUUAUAGGGCUGCUGAACACUUUUGUUCAUAUUUGGAUGUAUUCUUACUAUGGUCUGGCAGCUCUGGGCCCUCAUCUGCAGAAAUAUCUGUGGUGGAAGCGCUAUCUCACCUCACUGCAGCUGGUCCAGUUUAUUUUGCUGACUGUUCACACUGGAUACAACCUCUUCACUGAGUGUGAAUUUCCUGACUCCAUGAAUGCAGUUGUGUUUGCCUACUGUGUCAGUCUCAUCAUACUUUUCAGCAACUUUUACUACCAGAGCUACAUAAAGAGGAAGAGCAAGAAGUCUUAACAGCAUUUGAGCCACACGCUGGGGAGAGGAAUAGACAAAUGCUGCAUCCCCUUACACAUUCCAUUACUGCAUUCUUGGUGUUCUUUAGUGUUCAGGGUUAAAAGGAUUUGUUAAACCGCUGACCUCAUAUCAGAUAUAGUAUGUAAAGGUAAUUUUUCAGGGAUAUAUGCUACUUAUGCUUUUUGCAUUUGGAGAGAGGUGAAAUGUCCAGCUUACAUUAUCAAAACCAAAAUAACUUGAAUGUAAAUAAAGUGUAAUGUCAUUUUAAGUCAC